AUGUGGUGGGCUAUGUCCCCAGUGCAACAAAAACCAUGCUUCCCUCUCAUCCCAAGACCCACCAAAUCGGUGUCUCCCCUCGUCACCAUCUCAGCUAAAGCUCAACCUUCCAGCCACCAGGCUUCUCCAACAUCGAAACACCAACAGAAACAAGGGGAAGGAAGAAGAACAAAGCAACUAGAUGGGUUAGAUGUGCUUUGGGCUAUGCAAAGAGCAACUGCCGAGAAAAACAAAGUGAGUGGUGGCGGUGGUUAUAAAAAGAACAAUAAGAAGAGAAAGGGUUUUGUCUCUAGGGGCAUCCAGAGAGAAGAAGAUAGCGUGGACUAUAGUAAUGUGAAGCCUUUGUGCAUAAAGAAUGAUUGGGAUGUCAGAUUGGAUGAGUUGGAAAAGCGUCUUCAGGAUCUCUCUGACACCAAAUGA